GCUGGUGAAGGGCACCGCUCGGUGCUGAUGCCACCAGCACCACCAGCGCCACCACCACCACCUCCACCACCACCCACCAUCAGCAGCAGUCGAGUGAUAGCGAUCGCGAACGGCGGUGACGCUAACCAGCAGACGAACCGAAACGAUCGUAUCGUGCUGAUGACAGCAACCGAAACCACUACCACCAGUCUGCCAACGACGGUCACUACUACUGCUAGCAGCAGCACCACGGGCUCCAGCUUUUUCAGCGUACACGCGAAGAAAGGCAUCAUCAUUCCGUCGCCCUUAGCCGGCCGCACGAACGGUCGGCGGCUGUUGCACGUAGCGGACGAACUCCUUCCCGCCAGCGUGUUGCCAUCGUUCAACCACAAAGCAGUUGUUUCGGCACCAUCUAGGUGCGGCCGAAAGAGUAUCAUCAUAAAGCAACAGCAACAGCAUCAACAACAGCAUCAGCAGCAGCAGCAGCAGCAGCAGCAACAACAACCGUCGCAGAUAAGUCAUCAGCUCAACUCCAACAAUCAAUCGCUACUGCUACGCCGUCAAACGGACGUGAACAAACAGCAGCACCAUCAGCUGUUACAGUUCCAACCGCUGCCGGAUCCAUACAGCAACGUCGGUGGUGGUGGCAACCCGCGCAAUGGUUGCUCCACAGCCGGCACCAGCGUGCUACUGCAGUGCAACAGUAAUAACAACAUCAAUCAAAUGGGCCUAUCGAUGGCAAAGGGCGUAAAACGGCAGCAGCAACAUCUUCUGCUGCUGCGUGGGGGAGCAAACAGUGGCGAGAGUGGUGCUGGUGGUAGUAGAACGUUCGGUCGUUCUGUUCCGGCCGGUAUCAACACUACCACCGGCAACAAUCUGCUGCUACCGCCGUCCCAAACGGCACCAUCCUCCUCGUCGCCACCGCCCUCGUCCUCAUCAUCGUCCUCUUCGAUUAUGGCAGCAACGGCAGCAGCUGCUGCGGCCGCUGCCGCCCACGCACUACUAGCAGGGCGACGGCACUGGCGAAACGAUUAGCGACCGCUUGAGGAUAAACACCGGCGCACGGUGACGCACGCGUUGUAUGUGUACGUGACCGUGACGUGUGUGUG